UCGCCUGAAAUUUCCCAUUCCUUUAAAUUUUGUUAGACCACAAAGCAAAGGCAAAACAUUUUUUUCGCUGAAGAAAGAUUCGAUCUAUUUCGCUAGAAACGGGACUGAAUGGCGAUCCAAUCCGUGAAAGUACGCAACGUUUCCUUGGGUGCAUCUGAGCAAGAUAUUAAGGAGUUCUUUUCGUUCUCUGGUGACAUUGAAUAUGUCGAAAUGCGUAGCGAUAAUGAGCGGUCACAAGUUGCAUAUGUUACUUUCAAGGAACCACAGGGAGCAGAGACUGCUGUUCUUCUUUCAGGGGCAACAAUUGUAGAUCAAUCUGUUACAAUAGAGCUGGCUCCUGAUUACAAGCCACCUGCUACUGCCACCACAAAUCCUGCAACACAGAACAAAGAUGUUGGCCAGGGUGAAUCUGCUGUCCAGAAGGCAGAGGAUGUCGUAACUGGCAUGCUAGCCAAGGGCUUCAUUCUCGGCAAAGAUGCCGUGAACAAAGCAAAGGCAUUCGAUGACAAGCAUCAGUUCACAUCAACCGCCACAGCCAAAGUAGCAUCUCUGGACCAGAAGAUCGGUUUCACCGAGAAAAUUAGCGUUGGUACUACCUUGGUGAAUGACAAAGUCAGGGAAAUGGACCAGAAGUUCCAGGUUUCCGAGAAGACCAAGUCCGCUAUUGCAGCCGCCGAGCAGACAGUCAGCAACGCUGGUUCCGCUAUAAUGAAGAAUCGUUAUAUCUUGACCGGAACCUCGUGGGUCACCGGUGCAUUCAACAGGGUCGCUAAAGCUGCAGGUGAUGUGGGACAGAAGACAAAGGAAAAGGUGUUGGCGGAGGAGGAAGAAGCGCACAAAUCAAAGGGAUAUGCAAGGAUGGAUGAGUCUGAAUCUCCCAAAGCCGGACGCCCCUCAUCCCCUCAAGGUUUAAUUCUUUAAUUUGCAAAAGAUUUGUAAGUAGCAGCAGCAGGGAAGGUAUGGGCAACUUUCUGGUUUGGACAAUAGUUAAAAAAAAAAACAUAAAAUGUAGAGUAGCUUGUUGUUUGAUAUGUUUGGUAUACUUUGACUUAAACAAUAAUAAAUUGCAAACAAUUCAACAUCAA